UCGUGUGGUCACGCUUAUACACUGCAGCUGUAAUAAUGGCGGAUUGUCUGUUUGUGUCAUAAACUUCAGAGCAAAAAUGAGUGAUCCUCUCUUUCACCCACUCACCGUCAUAUGUGCGGGAUCCUGCUUCGCCUUCUCUGGGCUCUUUUAUAAACUAUAUUCAGAUAAAAGACUAGAAGUACAGAAGCUGAAGGAGAUCCCAAACUUUCAACCAGACCAUCAUCUGCUCAGGAUUCUGAAUGCAUCGUCCAACAAGAGACUUCAUUAUGUUGCUGUAGAAGGACUGGUGCAGGCUGUUGGAGAGCCCAUUUCCAGCCAGUAUGUGCCACGCUGUCAUGGUGUCAUUCAGAAGAUUACUGUGCAUGAACACUGGAAAUACUGGAACUCUCUUCUUAAGUCAUGGGUCUCCAAAAAAGUGAACAAGCAGCAGACCACCAACACGGUGCCCUUCACUUUGGUGCAACCCGGCUCAUUCAUCAGCGAUCUGAGUGUGCGUGUGGACUCUCCUCUGGAAGCGUCCGGCGAUUUCCUCCAGCAGGUCCACAGACGGGUCCGAAACGCUAAAGAGGGCCUGAUGGAUGCCGUUUUGGGGGAAUUGAGCGGAGAAAAACCCAUAGCUUUGGAGGAGCGAGAGGAUCUGCUGCGUGUGGGAGUCCCGCUCACUGCAUUCGGAGAGCUGGUCCUGGAGCAGGAGAAGAUCAUGAGGAUACAGCCACCCAAAGAUGGCCGCAGCUUCGUCCUGAUCCCCAGCGAUUAUAACAGCUUCAUGCAGCGACACCAGAACAGCGCCACCAUGUGGAAAGGGCUCACGGUGCUGUUUGGAGUCACAGGGUCUACACUGCUAGCGGGAUUCAUCCACGCUGGUCUUAAAGAUAGAAAAACUAGCUGAAUCACUCAGGAAAAAGGAAAAUUAUUGGAAAAUCAGACACAUUUGCAGAUUUACCAGUGGAUUUCUCAAGCUCUCCACACUCUCAAUGAUCUUUAGCUUUUUUUUUUUUAUGAAUAAUGUCAACUCACUUCUGAAACUAUCUGAAUUAGUCAGGAAAAGAUCCGAUUAUGGAGCAUCGGGCAUUUAAAAUGAAUCCCACGUGCAGUUUUACCAGUGUAUUUCUCGAGCUUUGCACACUCUGAAUGAGCUUUAGCUUUUUUUAAAGAAAUUGAUCUACUGUAGUUAAUCAAAAAAGUUGUAAAAAUUGUGCCAGAAAUGGGCAAGAACGGGUGUUGUCGAAGAGUUUUACAAUAACUUUUAUUAUGUUUAUUGAUCCACUUCAAAAUGUUGGCGAAUGUGUAUUAAAAGCCAUUCAAAAUUCAUAA